AUAUAUUUUACAAAAUUUAGGACCUGGAUCCUAGAAUAUUGGAGAAGGUUCAUCCUCGCGCUGCAGCUAGAGGCCGUGGAGGGAUUAUGCGAGGGGGUCCUAUAGCCAGGGGAUUCCCAAGGGGUAUGCCUGUCAGGGGCGGUAUAGUGGUCCGAGGAAACAUCAGGGGCGGUAGAAUCAUGGCCGGGGGCCUUAGACCAGGAAUGCGCGGAGUUCCGAUGAAUGCUCAGUUCAGAGGAAAUAUGCGCGGCAGUGUCCGCCCCGGAGUUCCCAUGCGCCCCGGGGCUCCUAUGCGCGGCGGAGUGUUCCGUGGACCAAUGCGCGGCGGACCAAUGAAUGGUAACCGAGGGGUCCCGAUGAGACCAGGGAUCAGACCGAUGAAUGUUGGACCACGACCUUCACCAGGAGGUAUAAGACCUGGUAUAAAUGGGAAGGCUCCGACCCUCCCCUCCUCUGUCACAAUAACGCCCAUGUCAGAAGUUACCAUCGAUGAUUGAAUAUCGAAGAUGACGCAACUGCGGCGCUCCGUGACCUAACGUGCUACGCAACAUAACGAAGAAUCUUCGUCCAAUACUAUUCUUACUGUGGAAAAAUCUCGCCUUCUCUUAACUUCUGUUUUUAUUCCAAAAAGAAAACAAUUUUGCCAAAAACCAAGAUAUUGAAUUAUGCAAGUAAAAACUAUUUUAAUUUCAAAUAAUUUAGAUUCAAGAUUGUACAUAAUUUAGGCAAAAUAUGGUACGUGAAUUUUGAUUAAAUAGGUUACCCUGAGCAGUACAUGUAUGUACAAAUGUAUGUACACAAUUACGAGAUAACAUCCAGUUAAAUAUUUUGUCAAGUUUUCUCUUUGUAGUUCAUAUGUGAAAUUUACAAGUUUGUUUACAUUUAGCUUUUCAGUACAUUUAGUUGACGUCAUCAAAAUAGUGUACUGCAAAAAUAUGUAAACAAACUUGUUUUCUAUAGGACAAAAGAAAUGAACGUAAUUCUGAUAUAUUUAAACCCCAACGAACAAUGUUUUACAACUUAUCCUACAGUGAUUAUCCGGUAUACACAGAGUGAACUGUCUUAGCAGCUUUAUAGUUAUGUACUGUAUUAUGUAACUAUUAAAAAUUAAUAAAAAAUGAUAUAAAAAUUA